AUGGAGUUAGACUUGACUCCUGCCCCGGGCGAUCAGCCCACCACGCCCCUCGCUUUCCCACUCUUAUCGCUCGUAAACGUGGCACGCAAUGAGCACGGUCUACGCACCCACGACUUCAAGACUUAUCGGCAUUUUUGCACCACCAAAGUGCACCGCCUCAGGUCCGGCCUAAAGAUUACUCAUGCCGAUGAGGCGCAUGCGCCAAAGUCUGACCCUGCUGCUCAACAGGGAAAGAAUCGACCUGCAAAGAAUGCUGGCAAGGGCAGGAAGAAGCCGCGUCAGCAACCAAAGGAGGCGCGUCCCAAUGUCUUCACCAAGAAAUCCAUCAGCUUGAGCAAAGUGAUGGACAGUAGGUGAGCAUCAGGGCGAGGAAGGUGCUUCUCUACGGUAAGCGCUGGUGCUUACUCCGGUAUCUCGACUUGGCUCCCUAUGGCAGGCCGCUUCAGCUGCUGCUGUUCGAAGCGGAGCGAUCGUGGGCUUUCGUGCAAGACUUGCGCACAGACGACGAUCACUCCUCACGUCAGCUCGCAACGCACGCCAGAAGGGCGCUGUCGUGGCUUCGUGAUCUCGAGCAACUCGCAGGUGCGCUGGCAUCUCGCAUCGAUGUGCGAGGAAGAGGCCAAGUGGCUGCAUAUAUUGCAAACCAGCGAGGCAGCUUAGCCUUUGACCGCGAAGACUAUCCAGCAGCUUUAAGGAAGCUCAGCGUAGCACGGAAGAUUUACGCGGCUCUAGCAAAUGCCGCGGUCGACUCCAAGAUGGAAGCGUUGGACAACGCUUGGAUCGAUUCAUCGGAAGCUCAAAUUCGCUUCUGCGCGUACUCUCUGGAACUGGGCGAAGGAACGCCAGACGAACUUGCCGAUGCUGCCGCCCCUUCUGAGGUUUGCGCGGAGGAAGCCGCAGACUUUGAGAAUCUGAUGUCCGAAUUGACGCAGCUCGGGUCCCAGCAAAAGUCGCGCACUGCUUUCACAUUGUCGUGGAGAGGCGAAGUGAUACCAGUCCGCAACCCCCAACUGAUCGACGCUCUCGCUCGCGUUAGCUCUGCAGAAGCUUUGCUCGACGAUGCUGUACACGCGCAGCGAGACGUCGAGGCCGCACCCGCGAAUCGUAGCCGGAAGGAUGGCUAUAAGCGCGAGCGUCUUACUUCAGCCCAACGAACCGCAAAGAAGAGAGCUUCAGUGGCAGGUGCACCGAACGUGAAUGGUGCGGUCACGGGCUCAGGUCCUGGUGCAAAUGCCUCCUCUAGUGUGUCCAAAUCUGGUGGAAGAACCGAGCUGGAUCCAUACGAUCAAGCCCUGGGUGCUUUGUCCGACGCCGAGGCUCUAGCGCGCAGUCUGGUCGAAGAUAACGCUGCUGCUCUCGCCAAGUCGCACAGCGCACGCUAUCAAGCCGUGGGAGCGGAUCUUCGCAGGGCUCACGAGUGGCUCUCCUUCCGUCUGCAAAGCGUGCGAGUGCGAAGGAACACGCAUUUGAUUGAUCAAGUUGUAGCCAAAGCGGCGCAGCGAGACAAGCGGGCCAGCGAGUUGCUUGAGAAGCGCCUAGCUAGCGGAGUGGUCGCCAGCAAGAAGAGCAGACGAUCAUCGACCAAACCGAGUGAGCGCCGAGCGAAGAAACCUGCCAAGCCACAACGUGCUGGGCUGCAACCUAAGAAACCACGCACCACUCCACGAACGUCCAAACGUAGACCUGCUAAGAGCGGCACCAAACGAGCACGACGGGCACGUCUACAGGCGAAGGAAGAACGAGCGCGCGACAUCAAUGCGGCUCACCAGCACCGUCGUCAGGCCCGCGUCAUCCCCGGUGUUGCUAAGCUGCUCGACGGAUCUGAGGCGAGUCUUCAGACUGCUGCUGCUCUCAAUCUUGUGGAAAGUCACCCGGAUGUAAGCUCUUUGGUGGACGCAAAGAUUGCUUGGUACAGAGCAGAAAUCUUCCGCGUUCUAGCGAGCGCUUUCAAGCUAGCCGAAAGAUACGACCACGCUUUGUUGCUGCUUUCGCGAGCCAGUCUCUCGCUCAGACAGGCUAGGGCAGCUGAUGAAUUAGUAGAGGACCACGGAAAAGAGGAUGCCGAAGUGCCCCCUCGCCUUAACGAAGAGAUGUUCGAGAAGACCAACAAGCUCAUUUUGGAGGCGCAACUUGUGAACAGAAGAGAGCUGUACUUUGCGCAACACGGGCUCGUUGAGAAGGGUAGCACCAGCAGGCAAAGUGGCAAGAGGCGCGCCGCAGCUUCACACUUAUCUCUUGCUGACUCGAAGACUGGUCAAGUAGUUCAGGAUGUGGCUAGCAAGCACGUCACGUUUGAGCCAACGGAGCUGGAUCGCGCCGUCCAACUCGACGAGGCUACGGAGGCGCAGCUGCAACGCGAGCUUCGCCAAGCUCUCGGCGGCGCCAACAAGUCUUCGGGCGCUGUCGCAACAAGAGAGAACACAAGCCGCGGCGCUCAGCAGCAACAGCAUCAGGAGCGAAGCGAGAUCGCUUCUUCCCCUGACAAGGCGGCUUUGGCAUCUGCUGCCCAGGCUGAGUCAAGCGGCAUUCCCGUGUCCGGCACCUUUGACCUUGCUGAUGAACAGCCGGAAGAAGAUGAAGAUGAUCACUUUGAAGAUGCGGACGAUGAAGACGUUGCAGUGAAGGAAAUGGAACCUGCCGAUCAGAAGAAGGGCUGGCUGGGAGGAUGGUUUGGUGGACGAAAGUAA